AAGUUCAAGAAGCAGCAAGGUUUGACAUCUCUCCAGCUCUCAGUGUUGCAGUCUAAGAGUCUCACUGAGAGUUCCCAGGAAUUUGUGCAAGAAAUAUUAGAAUUAGUGAAUAUAAGAGAGAUUACAAUGACAGGGGUAGUCCUUGGUAAAGGAGGAUGGGGAGAGGUCAAAGUGGCUGAUUUUUGUGGUCUGAAGGUUGCUGCAAAGUGUCUCUAUGAAAUCAUUAUCUCUCCUCAUAACAUUAUGAAAUUCUCUCGUGAAAUGAAUAUUGCUUCUAAAAUAUGUCAUCCUAACCUCCUUCAGUUCAUAGGAGCCACUACAGAGGGUAAUCCAAUCAUCCUGACAGAGCUAAUGCCCACCAGCCUAAGAAAGGAAUUAGAGACUGGAGGACUGGCCUAUCAUGCUGUAUUAAACAUCAGUUUAGAUAUAGCCUGUGCUCUCAAUUACCUUCAUCUCUUCAAGCCUCAUCCUAUACUACAUAGAGAUAUCAGCAGUGCUAAUGUACUCCUUCAGGGAACUGGGUUUGGAUGGAGGGCUAAG